AUGGUGCAUUCGGAGUAUCCAGUUACCAAUGAGAUCACCUCACUGCUUGACCUGGAAGCCAAGGUGAGGGAGCUAUACCUUGAGCUCACAGGUAUAGAUGCACCUGAAGACCUGGGCGACGUAGAAGCCCAAAAGCUGCGCUGCUCCAACAUGAAGAUCCUGGAGCACAACAGGUGGAAGCUCCUGAGGUCGCAGGGCAAAGGGGUUGAAGUGUUCGCCAAUGACCAAGUCUCAAACUUUUGGCUGAGGCAGCCUGUUGUCUCUGGGCUGACGGUUCCCGAGUUCCUGGUGGCUCUCAGGUUGAGGACAAACACAGUGAUCAUGAGGUACUCGGCGGUUGCCAGGGCACCUAACGCCGACUCGAGCUGCAGGUUCUGCAAAUACCCGAAUGAGACCCUGCCUCACAUUAUAGGCAAUUGCCCUGAAUUCAAGAAGAACAGGAUGACCGCCCACAACAAGGUUUGUGGCAGGUUGGGUGACCUGGCAUCGGUUAAAGGCUGGAAGUUCCUAAGGGACGAGCAUGUCAUUGUCUCUGGAAAGACAUGGGUCCCAGACCUUAUCAUAACCAAAGAUGGAAAGGGCAUGAUCCUGGAUGUCACCAUCUGCUUCGAGAAACACUUGAGCACCUUGAGGGAGAAAGCUGAAGCAAAGCAGCGUAAAUACGAACACCUGAAGCCGGUAUUGGAAAAAGGCCUUAAACUCUCCCAGGUGACAGUGGAGGGCUUCACCAUGGGUGCGAGAGGGAAGUGGCACAAAGGCAACUACAGGAUACUGGAGGAGAUGGGCUUCUCGAAGGCGGCUAUGAAGCUUGAAGCGAGAAGGCUAUCGAAACUAGUCCUUGUCAACACGAUAAGGACUAUCCGACAUAGGCCAGAAUCAGACCUUAAGGCCUUACCCCCCAGCAAGGCCUUAAACUCUUCCAGGUGA